GUGCAUCUUUUAAUUCUUUACUUGCAGGCCCUGAUUUGAGGACGGUUCAAGAUACUGUUACAUUUGUCAAGUUUAAAAGAGACAUUUCGCUCAUGUAGCCACCGUGACUGAACGCCGCUGUGGGGCGUGCUCAACCUGGUCCGGCGGGUGCCAUCAGUGACACCUGGUCAGAUGUGCUCAUCCUCCCACUUUGAACUUGACCCAGUAACCUUGGUGGCGAUCACUCCUCUCACGACUACUGUAUCUCACGACAGUACCGUGAAGCGGUCGCCAGACUCGCUGUCUGCGGAUUCGUCACAGAUAAUAAGGGAGGUUGGAAUCUGACACGGACAAAUGGAUUCCAGUGCUCACAGACAACCAAAGCCCCCUACACACGCUUCAAGUCCAAGCCAAGUAACACUCUCGUCUCCAAGAAUAUGCUGUUCCUCUGCCAAACAGAGUUGGAGCGUUUUCAUGUAUCCGAUGACAUAUAUUCACUCUCACUGCAUUGCUACAAUGGCCGAGACCGUGGCAAAGUUGGCACUGAAGUAUGCGGUUUUGUUUUCCCUUCUCUUUUAUCGGUGGGACGUUUUGGCAUCACGUGAAGUUGUGGAGAAGGGGACGUGCUCCAAACCCUGCACAAACAUCACUGUCGUGGCCGAACCCGGACCCAAGGGGGACGUCGGCCCGAAAGGUGAAACGGGACCGCACGGGGCACGGGGUCCGAGGGGCGAGCGCGGCAGGAUGGGGCUGGUGGGAGCGGUCGGACCUCCAGGCGCACCGGGACGAACGGGCACCACCGGGCGGCCUGGCGAGAAGGGAGAGCCGGGACCACCCGGUCUGAAGGGCGUGGAGGGUGACCAGGGACCGCCAGGAGGGUACGGCGCGACCGGAACACCUGGUAACCAGGGACAACCAGGUGCUCAGGGAUCACCUGGUCCGUCGGGAAGUAAAGGAAUGCCAGGUGAUCAGGGCUUACCUGGCGAGAAAGGUGAGAAAGGCGAACUAGGUGUUCAAGGUCUACCUGGAUGGAAGGGAACUAAAGGAGACACAGGUGACCCGGGAUCACCUGGUGAGAAGGGAGAAAAGGGAUCACCAGGUGUUGAAGGUUCACCUGGACCACCGGGUCCUCCAGGUGCGGGCUUACCUGGGGAGAAGGGUAACAAAGGAGAACCAGGGCAAGGACAAGCCAACCCAAUGGCAUUGUCCUUCCUCACACCUGGCGCACCUGGUUCUAGAGGACUACCUGGGGAAAAGGGAAACAAAGGUGACACUGGACAAACAGGUGCGGAUGGUUCACCUGGACCAUCUGGGCCGGCAGGGGUCAGAGGAUUACCCGGGUUUAAGGGAGAACAAGGUGACCCCGGGGAGGCAGGUGAGGCCGGUCCAUCUGGACAGAAGGGGAGUAAAGGUGACACUGGAAAAACGGGGCCAAGUGGACUAUCGUUUGCAGCGGGCCCACCUGGUUUAAGGGGCUUACCUGGACAAAAGGGAAAUAGGGGCGCAGCUGGUCAAGCUGGUGUGAACGGAGUACCAGGUGCGCCUGGGGAGCCAGGUGCAGGCUUACGUGGUGAGAAGGGUAUGAAAGGUGACCCAGGAGAAACAGGUGGAGCUGGCUCACCUGGUACACCAGGUGUGAAAGGAGACAAAGGAGACCCAGGUGAAAUCAGCGAGAGGACGCUGUCUCUCCUGCAGUCAGAGUCGGUUGGUCCCCGGCCGGCACCAGGGGGAGAGAAAGGUGAGAAAGGUGCAUCUGGCAAGCCAGGUGCGAGAGGAUCACCUGGUAUCCCCGGACAUCCAGGUGUGCAAGGUCGGCCAGGCGUCGGCUUAACUGGCGAGAAGGGUGCCAAAGGCGACCCCGGCAGGAAAGGGGAGGCAGGUAGAACAGGUGAGCGUGGGGCGAAGGGCUCGGCAGGUGCCCCGGGUUCAGCUGGGGACAAAGGUAGUAAAGGUGAGCAGGGCAAGACAGGUUAUCCCGGGUUACCUGGCCGAUUAGGUGAUGAAGGAAAGCCGGGGUAUAAAGGUGAUACAGGUGUGCCAGGACCUCCAGGUGUACAGGGACCACCAGGUGAAAGAGGAACACCUGUCAAAGGAGAUAAAGGUGACAAAGGCAGACCAGGUGAAACAGGUGCACCAGGUGCAAACGGACAACCAGGUAUAUCGGGACAAAAGGGAGACAAAGGUGAUGCAGGUAGGUCCUGUGAGUCGUCUUGUACAGGUGUGCUUGGACAUGCUGGCCAGCUGGGGGAUGCGCCUGUCGUGGCGUUCUCCGCGACUUUGAAAGUCCGCAUUCUGAACGCCCCGGAAAACACAGUAGUAACGUUCGACAUGGUCCACACCAACGUGGGCAACGCUUACGAGAAGAAAACGGGGAAGUUCAAACCCCCUGUUAGCGGGAUCUACAUGUUCUCGUUCUCCGGCAUGACUACACGUGUGGAGGGCUCCGCCUACUGGAGCCGACUGAAGAAGAACGGCGAGGCGAUCGUCAGCCUGUACGACAGGUCAAACGGCGACCACCUGUCGAGUAGCAAUAGCGCCAUCUUGCGGCUGCAGCCUGGGGACGAGGUUUGGGUGGAGCUGGACGGGCGGUCCUCCAUGUGGAGCGACCCUGGCGGCUACGUCUCGUUCUCAGGAUACUUGAUCCAUCAUAUAGUGAAAAUGAACCUAGCUUCGGAGCCGUCCCUGGGAUGUCCCGUGUUUGGGGAGAGCCACACCUCGAGCAACUUAAAGAAGCCAUCGCACUUUUUAUCGAAGAGAGGAGGGGUCCUUCCCGAUUUGCUACUACUGGUGUUUGAUUUCUCUAAAAUAAUGAUAGAGAUCAUCUAUACAGAGGGUCUCCUUGGAGUGAACAUGUUGAGGGUAUUUUCUUUUCAAGGACACGUUAAGCGUCUUAACGUGACCAAGGGUAGUCGCACACCCGCACUGCCCGUCAAAAUGGCCGGGCUAGCAGGGCUGAUGAUGGUAAAGCUCGUUACGAUGGCUUAUCUUCUCGUAAACCGAGGCUGUGCCGUUAUGUCAGCAUCCCAAGUAGACGAGCAGGGGACUUGUUCCAAACCCUGCACCAACAUUACUGUGGUGGCUUCGCCUGGACAGAAGGGAGAUAUGGGGCUAAGAGGGGAGCCCGGAGCACAAGGACCUCUUGGCGUAAAAGGAAAGAAAGGCGACCGCGGCAGUAUGGGGCUGGUGGGGCCGAUAGGCAUUCCAGGUGCUCAAGGAAACCCAGGUGAUGUUGGUGCGUCAGGUGAGAAGGGAGAGCGGGGACUGAAAGGCAUAUAUGGACCACCUGGUCGGAAAGGUGAUACAGGUGACCCAGGUGACCCAGGUGUGCGGGGAUUUCCUGGAGUGAAAGGCCCGCCAGGUGAGAAAGGAUCUCCGGGUUGGCUAGGUCUCCCGGGUAGACCUGGCAAGAAAGGAGGCAAAGGCGACCCGGGGCGGAGAGGUGCGAACGGACAGGCAGGUGUGCCGGGGCCGCCAGGUGUAGGCUCACCUGGACGGAAGGGAGAGAAGGGCGAGCCAGGAAGAACAAGCGCCGCCGGAGCGUCAUCUCUUGUUAUUCCGGGACCACCUGGUUCCAUAGGAUUACCUGGAGAAAAGGGAGAUAAAGGCACGCCUGGGAGAACUGGUGCGGUUGGGCUACCUGGUAUCCCAGGGCGACCAGGUGAGGGCGUGACUGGGAAAAAGGGAGCAAAAGGUGAUGAGGGGAAAAUCGGCGCCACCGGAGUACCUGGAGAAAAGGGCGAGAAAGGUGUGGAGGGAAGGACCGGCCCUCCAGGCUUACCUGGGCAGGAUGGCGUGGCAGGUGAGAAGGGAGAGAAAGGUGAGCCUGCUGAGGUGAGAACAACUCGGGUGCGUGGUGUCCCAGGUGAGGAUGGUUUACCUGGAGAGAAGGGACAGAAAGGUGAUCCCGGCAGACCAGGACCGCCGGGCGAGUCAACCUACACAACAGUGAGCGGCGCGUCGUACGCGCUGCAAGGACCACCUGGAUCUAGGGGGGUGCCGGGAGACAAGGGGGAGAAAGGCGACAGGGGGUUCCCUGGUGACAGGGGGUUCGAGGGCGGACAGGGAACACCUGGUUAUCCGGGCUCACCUGGACCUGAAGGUAUGCCAGGUAUGAAGGGACCUAAAGGUGACCCAGGAAAGCCAGGUAAGACAGGUACACCGGGUGAAUAUGGUCAACCAGGUGGUCAGGGGAGGACAGGGUUCAAAGGCGACAAGGGCGAGCCGGGAAAGUCGUGCAACUGUGGAGGGGGGGUGUUGGGCGCGCACGGCCGCUUGGCGGACUUACCGUUCGUGGCGUUCUCCGCCGCUUUAGCCAACCGCAUCCUCAACGCCCUGGAAAACACGAUCGUGACGUACAACAUCGUCCACACCAACGUGGGGAGGGCGUACGACAUGACAACGGGGAAGUUCGCGCCUUCCAUACGGGGGUACUACGUGUUGGCGUUCUCCGGCAUGACGACAAGCGUGAAGGACUCCGCCUACUGGAGCCGGCUGAUGCUGAACGGAGAACCUGUCAUCAGCCUGUACGACAAGUCGCUCGGUGAGCAUCUCUCCAGCAGUAACAGCGCCAUCUUGUUACUGAAGCCUGGGGACGAGGUUUGGGUGGAGCUGGACGCUCGGUCCUCCAUGUGGGGGGACUACACGGGUUACGUCACGUUCUCAGGGUACCUCAUCCACCAUGUAUCUCACGACAUCAACGGAGAUUUUGUAAGAGAUUUCGACGACGAACGGCGUCGGCUGGCAGAAAGUGUGGCGGCAGAGGAAGACUCCUGUUCCACACCUUGUACCAACAUCACCGUGCUGGCUUCAGCCGGGCCGCCCGGACCUAAAGGGGCCAUGGGGCCGAGAGGCCUCAGGGAAAAGAUAUAUAAGAAGGACACAGUGCUGCUUUAUCUCAAAGACGUUUGUUUGGAUGUAACAGGUGAGCCGGGACUGUGUGAGCUGGUACGAGGGGACGGAGGAGGGGGAUAUGGCGGCGCGAUGGGGCCGGCCAAGAUUUCAUGUGCUCCGGGAAAGCCAAAUGUGACAGGACGCCCAGGUAAAAAUGGAGAGCAAGGCCCGCCAGGUGCACCUGGUCGACGUGGUCCCAAGGGAGAUCCAGGUCAGACAGGUGUGCGGGGGUUUCCUGGAAUAGAGGGCCCGCCAGGUGAGAAGGGGGAUCGAGGAUGGAUGGGUCUCCAGGGAAUGCCUGGUGAGAAAGGAAAGAAAGGUGACCAGGGACAAGCAGGUGAGAACGGACGGGCAGGUGUGCCGGGACCGCCAGGUGUGGGAUCACCUGGACAGAAGGGAGACAAGGGGGAGCCAGGUGUGCAGGGUCCGCCAGGUGUACCAGGUCCUGCAGCUGCGACUGGACCGUCAAACGUCGUACAGGGGCCGCCCGGGUCGCGAGGUCUCACGGGAGACAAGGGAGAGAAGGGCGACAGGGGGGCUCGUGGUAGACAGGGUGUACCUGGUUACCCGGGCAGACCUGGGCAAUCAGGUGUGUCAGGUCGUAAAGGUGAUCCAGGAAAACCAGGCGCGACAGGUAAAAAUGGACAACCAGGUAACCAGGGGCAGAAGGGUGAGGCUGGCUGGCCCUGCCGGUCGACUUGUCCCGGGGGACCUGGUCCGCAAGCAGCGGUACCGGCAGACGUACCGUUCGUCGCGUUCUCCGCCGUCCUAGCCAACCGCGUCCUCAACGUCCCCGAAAACACGAUCGUGACGUACAACUCCGUCAUCACGAACGCCGGAAACGCUUACGACGAGAUUACGGGAAAGUUCGCGCCUUCCGUUCCAGGGUACUACAUGUUCACGUUCUCCGGGAUGACGACUAGCGUGAAGGGCUCCGCCUACUGGAGUCGGCUGACAAAGAACGGAAAGCCGAUCAUCAGCGUGUACGACAAGUCGCUCGGAGAACAUCUCUCUAGCAGUAACAGCGCCAUCUUGUUACUGAAGCCUGGGGACGAGGUCUGGGUGGAGCUGGACGCUCGGUCCUCCAUGUGGGGGGGCUACACGGGUUACGUCACGUUCUCAGGGUACCUCAUCCACCAUGUAUAACAGGAGAACAGGAAGAGACAAGGAAGUUCAUCUGAGUUGGCAAAAUACACUAUGAAGAAAUCUAUGCUAUAACACAAAAACUGAACUCAUCGGAAUUUUUGACUGGCUCGCUCAGUCUUCUUCAGUAAAUGUUCGGUGAAAAACAGAUUCUUCAACAACACAGGCGACCCAGUUCGUCGUCACUAAAACAAGGGUCCACAACACAUUC